AUAUCCACAAACACCGCGACGCACCACUAGAAUGCAGCCAUGAUCACAUCAUCGCUGUCGCUGCUCCCCCUCCGCUGCUUCUCCCUCCACCCCACCACCACCGCCGGCACCGCCUACUGCUCCCCUCCGACCACCACCUUCCCCUUUCCAAGAAUCACUCUUGGCCGCCCCCGCCACCGCCUUGCCGCCUCCGCGACCGAGAGCAGCAGCAGCGAGGAAGAAGCGGCUGGGAGCACCAACGGGUCCCUCCCGGGCUUUCCCCCCGUGGAGGACGACGACGACGAGUUCUGCCCGGUGGACUGCGUGACGGAGUUCAAGACAGACGAGGAAUUCAGGCGGCACCUGGAUCGGUCCAAGGCCACGGUCGCGCUGCUGGUGGUGAACUUCUACCGGCCGUCGUGCGGCAGCUGCAAGUACAUCGAGAAGCGCUUCAUGCGCCUCUGCAAGGGCUCCGGCGACGACGGCGCCCCCGUCGUCUUCCUCAAGCACAACGUGAUCGACGAGUACGACGAGCAGUCGGAGGUGGCGGACCGGCUGCGCAUCAAGAUCGUGCCGCUGUUUGUUUCCGCUUAUAAACGGAUUCUCAGCCGUCAGAACGCCAGAAGCAAGAAAAUCCCGCGAAACGGUCUGCGUUCGUCGCGCUUACCUCCAUCGCGGCUUCAGCAUGCGGCAGCCUUUUGAACUAAGAAUCCGUAAUCGGAAAUCGCGGAGAGAAUCCCGAUUCUCUGGCGAGCGAGGUUGGCAGAACGCGCGGCCCAAGUACACGGUCCCAAACAGGGCCCUUGGGACACCUCGCUUGAGCCUGAGACGACCGAAGAAGAGCCGCAGGAGUGAAUACUCCACUGGAACAUCAAUUUGAGGGUGCAGAUACUUAGGGGCAUACACCAGGAUUCUUUGGUUUUCCUAUGCCUGUCCACGCAUUCUGGAGAUUUCAGCUAUUGGUAUUACGAUGGAUCUGGAUCAAUGUACCAUUAUCUGUAUUACGAGGCAUGUACAGUACGUAUAAUAUCUGAAUCAAGCAUCACCGCUGCUACGCUACCGUAGUGUAGACAUUCAAUGGAAUCUGAGGCAUUCUGCAAAGGCGCGACUUUGGUUAAUGUCCCGCUGUCAGAUACAGUAGCUAAACCAUCUUAGAAGUGUAAAACAGAUUCUCAUCAGUAUGAUUCGAACUGCUUCAAAUACCAAAUGCUCGGCAUUGAAUUGUUC